AAUUCCUAUUACACUACUGCAUGUCACCAGUGUAGUGUUGUUCAUCGUGCUCAUGUCUAUUCAGCUGUCCAGCCUCGAGUCAGGACAAUGUCUGGAAGUAUCAAAACCUUCUCAAUAAAGUACGAUCCGAUUAACGAGAGCAACACGUUCACGAAUGGAGACACUAUCCAGGGGAGACUUGUUUUGGAAGUGAGCAAAGAGGUACGGAUUGAGAAACUGUAUAUAAAGUGUAAAGGGGACGCGAAUGUCCACUGGACCGAGUCAAACAGCAGCAAUAACUCGGACGACUCCUACAGCGCCCAUGAAAGAUACUUCAAACUCAAACAAAUCAUCAUUUGGGACAAGUCGAAGAUAGAAGGAAAUGGAGCCACACUUGUAACAACAAAUGGGGAGAAAUACAACAAUUUGGUUACUCCAGGACACCAUACCUUUCCGUUUUCAUUUCAGCUUCCUCACGGGAACACCCCAUCAUCUUUUAAAGGAUCUUACGGAUCAAUUACACACGUCCUUCAGGCCAAACUGAGUAGAUCAUGGAAGAUGCCUCAGACUGCAAAGAAAGAAUUCAUCUUUGUGUCAAAAACUUCUGAAAAUAGUGCUCAUUUAAUGACUCCACUUUCUGGGUCCAUAGAAAAAAAGAUGAAACUUUUCACCUCUGGAAGUGCCUUAGUCAGAGCAUCUACUGACAAAAAGGGCUACAUGCAAGGUGAGAGAAUCAAAGUUGAAACCCAUAUUGAAAACUCUACAUCUCGUGCUCUCAAGCUCAAAUUCAAACUUGAACAAAGACAGACAUUCUCUGCCCAGGGUAAGCAAAACUAUUCAACAAAAGUCAUUUUCAAAGCCGUGGAAGAUCCCAUUCCAUCCAGGUCCAAGAAAACAUUCACCAGUAGACUGAAGAUCCCUUUAAACCUGGAUCUAACCAUCACAAACUGUGGCAUUAUUAAAGUGGAGUACAUGCUCAAGGUGUAUUUGGAUGUUCCCUACGCUAGAGACCCAGAGAUUAUAUUUCCACUGAUCAUUAUACCAACAGGCCAGUACUGCAUUCCACAGCAAAGACUUGAAGCUUCCCAUAGUAGUCAAAGCAGACGUCAAUCAUUACAGAUGGGUUCUACAUUCCAACCAGCACUCGUUCCCUUUCCCCUUGUUCCUGCUGCUGCCUUUGGACCAGCUACAAAUGUAUACCCGUGUGUAUACCCCCAGCCAGCCAAUCCAGAUGAACCACCACCUUCCUAUGCAGACAUCUUUCCAGACUCAAAUGCGUCAGCAUCAGGAUUCCACCCAUCUCUAUUACCCCUUAGUCCUCCACCAUACACCACUAUGGAUUCUUUACAUGCUUCUCAACACCAUGCACCAGAAUAUCAAACACAGGAGUGUCCAGGCGCCACUGGUUACUGGCAAAGUCCAGCAAAUCCAGAGCCUUAUAAUACUAAAUAGACUGCAUUGUCAGAACUGCAUUAAUCACUUUUUUUCAGUGCAAUACAUAAUAAUUUUGAAGUCAUCACAGUUGAUAAGUCAGUGCUGUUUCACUUCGGUAGGGUCAAAAUGUUUUCUACUUUUCCCUAUUACUUUGUUUACAUUUUUUAUGCAUUUGUAAGAUUUUAUAAACCAAAAUUAUGAAAGAAAAUACCAAAAGUAUGUCCAUAAACCUACAGUAUAUACGUGUGUGUGUGUGUGUGUGUGUGUGUGUGCAUGCAUAUGUGCCAAAAUAAAAGCAGAUGAAGAUAAAAGAAAGGACAUGAUAAGCUAUGUUGACCUAUCUGUGAGGGAUAAAUAAUGAUGGUCACUCAGGAAAUUCUUCAAUCAAAUCUUUAACUACUCCAAAUCAAUUUGAUUUAUUGAAAGAUUGAGGGUUUGAGGGACUGAAAAAGCCAUAAUAAAAAAAAAAAUGUAUAUCAACUGUACAUAGUGAUAUUUUAUGUUUUGUAUUAUAUAUUAUAAUGGUUGAUAUUCUCUGUGCUAGGGGUGCAAAGAAUAAUGCAAACAAAUUAGUGAUAGAGGGAUCCUUCAUAUAAAGGUGACCCUUGUUUAUUUAGAAAUGAUUUUGAAGUUAUAUUUUGUAUAGUUUAUUUAGGGAGAGAAAUAUAUAUUGUAGAAAGUACAGAUGAGGAUGAGUUCCCUUUUGAGUCUGGUUCCUCUCAAGGUUUCUUCCUCUUGUCAUCUCAGGGAGUUUUGCUCUGCCACUGGCUUGCUCAUUAGAGAUAAAUAUAAACUUAAAUUCAAACUCUGUCAUUUUUAUUCUGAAUUUUUGUAUUUCUGUAAAACUGCUUUGAGACAAUUUCCAUUGUUAAAAGCGCUAUACAAACCAAAUUGAACUGAAUUCAAGCAUGUCAAAGCCUUCUCAGGAUCUGAGCAAAAAGUUGUAGCGACAGUGUUCGAAUACUCUUAAAAUAUCAGGUGCCUGGCAUGAUUUAGCGACAUGCUAAAAAUCAAAUGAA